GCCGAACCUCUUCAGUGAAGAUAUCAAGCUGUGGAAUACAACAUUUCUAUUAAAUAAAAGUAAAAUGAAUUCCCUGGGUUUCGUCUUUAGUUUGUUGACCGUGUCAGCAAUGGCGCUGGCGAUGCCUCAGUUGGGAGGCGGUAGGAACGAUGCUCAAGCGACGAUCGUCCGUGAUGAUCGCAACAUAAACAACGACGGCAGCUACCAGUUCAUGUACGAGACCAGCAAUGGCAUCUUCAGGCAGGAACAGGGGCGAGAAAACAACGGCAUGGAGCAAUCCGGAGGCUGGAGCUACACAUCACCUGAAGGAAUACCUGUGGAAAUCACUUUUGUGUCCAACGCUGGUGGCUAUCAACCUGUCGGUGCCCUGCUGCCUGUCGCACCUCCUCUACCUUAUCAACGCACUCAGGUCUACUAGAUCCACAUCACCAGCCCCCAAGUCUUCUUUACCCACAUCCCAGCUCCAAGUCUUUUUUACCCACAUCCCCAGCCCCAAGUCUACUAUAGACCCACAUUAACAACUCCAAGUGUACUAGACCCACAUCCCCAGCUCCAAGUCUUCUACUUGGUCUACUGAAGUCGUCUACUUGGUCAAGUCUACUUGACUGAAUCACCAGCCCCCUGGUUUACUAGACCCGCCUCAAAACUGCAAAUUCAAAGUACUAAUUUGUUUUAAUUGCACGAAAUUAAAAAGUUAUUGCUAAAAGAAACAAUGCAAACUUUUUAUUCCGAUUUUCUCGUUAAUCCCGGAAAUGAAGUUAAUUUUUGUGAGCUUGAAUUAACAAUCAACCAAAGAAUUGAAUUAAACGUUGAAAAUUUUUAUUUCUAUUGCUAUCACGUAGAUAUUGAAGUUUUUUCAUGAAUAACCUUCCGUUGACCGGCUUUCGCAUCAACAACUUUUACGACAUGUAGGAUACAGCGUUUUUACCUUCUUUUAUCGUAUUAUUGUUGCUUAGAUAAGAAAGGAUAUAAAUGUUUUUACGCCUGAUUGCAUGACAAUAUCGUCUGCUGAUUGAGUUAGUUUUCUUAAAAAAAGAUUCAGUUAAGGAUUUUUUAUUGUGAUUUAA